AUGGAUCCAUCAGCUUCAAGGCCUCCUCGCCCAAAGUCGCGACAAUCCAUUGCCCAUCUCAGCCCCUCAAAAGACCAUGAAUAUGACAAAGAGAACGCGACCGCUGACCUGGGCUCUAUACGGAAACGCAAACUUGCUGAUUCAAACGCCGACAGAAAGAAGUCGCGCAGCAAGAGCCUUGGACCUGGUGGGUUGGAAGCAUUGAAAGAAAGUGCAGGCAAUACAACAAAGGCAUCCCCAGCGCCACAGAUCAAGUCGAUCCUAAAGCCUCCAGUGCCUUUGACGCCUCCCAAAGCUAUUCCACCUUUUGACGAACAUCGCAAACGCAGCGUAGGCCGCAGCGCAAGGAAAUCACCAAAACCAAAUGGCGCCGAGCAGCUGUUAAUCGACUUCUCUACCCCUGUAUCUAGCAGAGCAGUCACCACAAUCACUGGAGCAGAAAAUGUUCAGGAUCCCUUUAGCCCUAUCAAGAUUGUACCUACUCCAGAUGGUGCUCGAACACCGAUGGACCCAGGAGAAGAGCCGGAAGCAGCCAACAGAGAGAAACAGGCAGAGGAAUUGAGAAAGGCGCAAAAGCAGGCGAUUCUUGACCAGAGAGCUGCUCGAAGAAAGAGUAUGGCAAAUCGCCGUGUGUCGUUUGCGCCAGAAGCUACGUUACAUACCUGGAAUGUGAUUGAGAUGGUGGAGGACUCAACAACUUCUUCGGCAUCCAAUUCUACAAGAAGGCGGUCAACCAUGACCGCUGCACAGACACCUAACAAGAGUGAGCAAAUUCUCGCACCGGAAUCCGACCAGAAUGAACCACCAUCAACGCCGCCGGAACAAGUAAAACAACCUCUUGUAAAGGCUUCUCCAGCAAACCAACGUGAUAUGCAUCAAAAACACAAUCGCCGCCGUAGCUCAGGCAUGUCUGAUACGCCUUCGGAGGCAGGGAAUGAGAACCUCUCGUCUCCUGCUAGUACUUAUAGUGGAAGCUCAGCGGUUGGAGACAGUAGCCCUGUCCAUAUUGAAGACAGUAUUCAUUCAUCAUCGGACGAAGACGGAGACGCUGCAAUGAGCAUGGACGAUGCGACUCAGGAAACUGUGCGGUCGGUCCUGUCAAGCUCAAGCACAGCCUCGAGUCUUGACGAUAGGCUUCGGCGAGCGGCAGCGGAAGCUGGCACGCGAGGUAUCGAGUACGACGAAAAGGGUGACGACCUCUCUAUGGAGCUUGCUGAAGGGACGAUCACGAGUGCUUUCCAGCCUUGGGUCCAUGGUGUCCCGCAGAUACAAGCAGAAGCUGGCCCUGUGGAUGUUGAGAACCCAGAAAGCAGUGAAGAACUAUCCAUGGAGCUUGCGGAUGGCACAAUAACUGCUGCCUUCCAACCGUGGGUCAAUGGUGUUGCCCCUAUAGCAACUAGAGCAGGCAGUCAAACCAUUGAGGACGAUGAAAACCAUGACGACCUUUCAAUGGAGAUCGCUGAAGGGACAGUUACCACUGCAUUCCAACCAUGGGCUCAUGGUGCUCCAAAAGUACAGGUAAACGUUGACACUCGAAGCAUCAAAGAUGACGGAAGCAGUGGUGAUGUUGCUAUGGAGCUUGCUGAUAGUACCAUAACCACGGCCUUCCAACCUUGGGCUAAGUCUAACCCAAAAGCACCAGUACUAGAUCAUAGUGCUUUGCAGGAUCAAGAAAACAUCAAUCCGUUCUCUCCUGCUUUCAAGAAGCAAGUUGAUACGAACAGAGUAGACAGCAGUAUGGAGCCCGUCAGUAUUGCAGUUCUACAUGACAACCAGGAGCAGGAGAUUGAGAAGGCUUUAGCUGUUGUUGAAGCCACCAACAUUUCGGUCCUACCUCAUGACCGGGAACAGGGAGGUGGAAGAAGGUCGUCUAAUGAGCAGCCGGAUUUUAGCUCAGUUCCACGCCCAUAUCAGGAAGAUGACAAAGUGAACAUGGCACUUGCUGUUGAGCAGAAAGCUGUGUCUGUUCUAUGGGACGACCAGAAGCCGCAGAUUGUGAAUACUCCUCCUAUAGUCGAACCCGUCACCGCCCCAACUCCAAGCGAUAUCCAGGAACAGCAAAUCAAGGAAAUGUCUGUGGUUAUCGAUUCGAAUGAUGUUUCGGUUCUAAAAGAUAAGCAAGAACAGGAAGUUGAAAGGAUUUCUCUUCAGGAGUUUCUCAGCAUGGCCAAUAUUCACUUCAUGGAGCUCUCCACUACUAAACGUCGUCACACCCUGGCUCCUGGAAAACCUUCUCAGCUUCCGCUGGAUGGCUCAUCCACCUCUUCUGGGGCAUGCUUUGCUGCAGCAGCAACAACUCUUCCACUUCUGGAACUGUAUCAGCAUGCCACUCGUGAACUGAAAUCCUAUAUAUCGACUGGCCGCAAAGUUAUCGGAGCAAUCGAGCGCGAUACAAUGGAAGAACAGCCAGCGUUGUUUCGUGAGUACGUUGAUGCUCGAGCGGAUGUGAAAACCGUUAUGGAAAAUCAAUUCCGCAAUGGCAAAGCUAAUGCUCGGCUUCAGAGCAAAGAAAGCUGGUACGCAUGGAGACGGCAGCUUGUAGAGGGUCUUCGUGGCGGAUUAUAUGACAUCAAAAGUGGUAUGGAGGAAGACGCACAAUUGCUGACACAGCAAGAAGCAAUAUUAGAUCGAAUUGUUCCUGCAUUGGUCAAGCAUUUUGCCGAGCUCGAGCAGGAGGCGGGAAUGCUUCAACAACGAGCAGUGGAUUUUGAAAGCAUUGACCAUGAAUCACUCAACAACGCCCGCAGUCAGCUGGAAUCCGCUGACCUUGAAGUCGCUCACAAGAUGGACCUCCUCAGCCAGCUCCAGCAGCAGAUGGCCGACAAAGCAGAAGCUCUCACAGCGGCUGAUGAGCUAAAAAGCGAAUUUCAGAGUCAGAUAGCCGAAGCUGAAAGGGUUCAAGAUGAAUGCCGUGGCUGGAAGGCCGAAGAUGUAAGAAAGUUGAAAGAGCAAGUCAAGAGGAUAGAGCAGGGGACUGGCUGGAUGUUGGUCACCGCAGAGCAUGAGGUCGAAGAGGGCGGCGUUGAUUUUGGCCCAGCUCUUACUUUACGGUACCGCAAUGCAUUACGACUGUUCUUCUACCCGGGGGUGUUUCAGCGAAGCUUGUCAGAGCGGAAUGGACGACGAAGAUCGAGGAGAUCCAAAUCAGAUUCAGGGCCUUCAGCUCCUAUCAGUCUAACCUAUGCGCCGGUCGAAGUGAACACGAUGACUCCAACAGAUCUCACCACGCCACAGCGUUUCUUCCUGCAAUUCCUUCAAGGGCAAUUGCAUGGGCUUGCAGUCUUGCCUAAGGGCUCAGUUUCGUCGAAAACGUUGCUGAGUCUUGUCAGUACGGGGUGGGAUCUUGCAAUCAAAGUGUCUGAAGAGAUUCGUUUGCUCGAGAACGCAGGCAUUACCAAUGUUGCCAUCCUAAGCGAUGAGAAGCUUGGAGCCAAAUGCAUGCUCAUGCUACCAGAUCGAUGUCGGAUUGAUGUGCAGUUUACGCUUACUGCCAACACAACAACUGAUAGCACUUUAUCUUCCAGCAUCGUGGUAGAAGCCACGUCGAGGUAUGGCCCAGUUGCUGGUUUAUUGUCAGGUGGCAAAACAUCCAAAGUCCGGGAGGCUCUCAACAAGCAGGCCAGGUCGAAGGAAGUUGGUGAUGGGGCGUGGGUUGCUGCUGUUCGAGGACUAGAGGAAUGGGUUAAUCUGCAGAAAAAGGAGACGAACGGAGGGCCUCAGCAUGAAAAAAAGGCCGCGUGCAAGCCCACGCCCAAGUCCGAGCCUGCAUCAAUUCCAGCCUCGACUGCACCGCAAAUGGACGCUGCUCCAGCUGCAGCGCUGGGAUCGAAGAAGGAGCUCAAGAGACCGGUGCCGAUUGAGGAGGUGAUGGAGGAGGCGGCAGCGAGGCAAGAUGAGGUUCGCAGGCAAGAGGCAGAAGAUGUGCUUAGACAGCAGGAAGAGAUGCGCAGGCAAGAGGAGGAAGAGAUGCUGUUGAUGUCUGCCAGCAAGACACCGCCCCGGCCAGGGAGACGACCGGGUGCGUUGAGGAGAUCGCCUUGA